AUGGUUGAAAAAGAAGUACAAUCUUUGAUUGAUCUUUAUUUACAUUAUCCGAUAACAUAUCUUUCAUUAUCGGAUUUGUACACAUAUGAAGUUAUCAUAUUACUUAUUUAUGGUGUUAUGAUAAUAUUUUCUUUUUUUACGAAUUUUAUUGCAAUAAUUAUAUUUACAUUUGGUCGUCGUUCACGUUCUGAACUAUCACCAUUUUUGCUCAAUUUAUCUGUAUUUAAUAUAAUAAUGACUGUUUAUUGUAUACCAUUUACAAUAACUUCACUUUUAUUUCAACGUUGGUUAUACGCACGUGAAUUAUGUAUUGUACUUGAUGUUUUUAAAACAUUUUCUGUGUCAGGUGUUUUAUUAACAUUAAUAGCAAUAGCCAUUGAUCGCUAUUGUGCUGUCAAAUAUCCAUUAGCAAUUAAAAUCUAUUCUGUGCAUAAAAGAAAUUUAAUAGCAUUAUUAAUUAUAUGGAUAUUAAGUAUUGCUUUAGCUAUGUUAUGGUUACCAGCAAGAUCAUUACCGAUGCAAGAACAACGUUUAUGGGUAAAUUCUCGUUCAUUAUUAAAAAGAUAUAUUGGUUCAAUUGAUAAUAUAACAGAUACAUUAAAAUCAGAUUAUUUAUUAAAAAAUUUACACUAUCAACUUGUUGAUACAAUUCAAUGUGUACCAAAUAAAACUGAACGACCAGCUGAAGUUCGACGAACAAUAUUAAACUUUUUACAAACAUAUUUUUUUCCAUUAUCCAUUCUUGCUUUUGUUUAUUUACGUAUAGCAGCUAUGUUAUGGAGGCGUUCUAAUGACGGAAAUAAUGAUGUUAAUGGUACAACAACAAUAAUAAAUAAUUUAUUUACUCAUGNCUCAUUAUUAAUUAUAUGGAUAUUAAGUAUUGCUUUAGCUAUGUUAUGGUUACCAGCAAGAUCAUUGCCGAUGCAAGAACAACGUCUAUGGGUAAAUUCUCGUUCAUUAUUAAAAAGAUAUAUUGGUUCAAUUGAUAAUAUAACAGAUACAUUAAAAUCAGAUUAUUUAUUAAAGAAUUUACAUUAUCAACUUGUUGAUACAAUUCAAUGUGUACCAAAUAAAACUGAACGACCAGCUGAAGUUCGACGAACAAUAUUAAACUUUUUACAAACAUAUUUUUUUCCAUUAUCUAUUCUUGCUUUUGUUUAUUUACGUAUAGCAGCUAUGUUAUGGAGGCGUUCUAAUGACGGAAAUAAUGAUAUUAAUGGUACAACAACAGUAAUAAAUAAUUUAUUUACUCAUGAAAGCAUACAAUUUAAAAAGAAAUUAAAACAAGGUAUAAAAAUGUUACUUACUGUUGUUGUUUUAUAUGCUGUACUUUGGUUACCUAUGAACGUAUUUCAAUUGUGUCUUAAUUUACUUUGUUAUCAAGGAGGAGAAUAUCAAAACUUUUGUAGUCAUGGAACAUUACUUCAACUUCUUUACAUAGCAUCUCAUUUUUUAACUGUAUCAAAUACAGCUAUCAAUCCUAUUAUUUAUGGUUUUGCUAAUAUUCGUUUUCGGAGUGAUAUUCGACAAAUCAGACAUUGUAUUCUUCAUUGUCAAGGACGAACUUCAUUUUAUUAUCGUACGAGAUUUGCACGAACACCUACACAUGAACAUCAAGGUCGACCUCAAGAUUCUAAAAUGAAUCAAAAUUUGUUAUCAAUCAAUAGAAAAUAA